AUGGAAGCUUACCACAAGUCGCGUCGUGCCUGCCAUAGCUGUUUUCGACCAGGUACCAGCUCCUCAACGAACAGUGAAGCUUCCGCGCGCUCGAAGAGCACGGCCCCUACGAUCUACAGCGAUCAUCGGCCCACGUCGAAGCAAAAAGAGAAGCAGCCUGUGGACCCCGAGGACGACGACGAAGAAGGAGUGCUCGAGGGUGUCGAAUAUGGCGACGAUGAUGAAGUGUUCGCGAUUGGCCCCAAAGACUCCGCCUCGACAUACGCAUCAACUGUCCCCGAAGAGCUUCCGGAGGAGGAGCCUCGCUAUGUGGUAGUCGACCGCAGACCUGAGUUCUUCCCGACAGAUCCGCUUCCGUCGAAUCCGCUCAGCUUUGGCGACUUGUUUCCCUCGUCGCGACGGCUUCUUAUUCGACAUGAUGAUUCGACGCUUGAUGGGAACAUGAACCUGCGCGUGGAUGCUUUGGUUCCACACCGGGCUGGGUUCCAGCAAGAUAUCACCCUAUUCCAUCUUCGCAUGUACGACUUGUUCUCGAGGAAAUUCUCUUUCCGUCGCUACUGUCGCGACUCAGGUCGCGAGGUCUGUCACACCGAGAGAAAGAGGGCUUCGUCUCCUGGCCUCGACAAGCGAUUGACUCGUUCGUGGAGUACUGCUUUGGCAAGUCUGCGAUCAGGCCAUGGGUCUCCAGAGAGAAGACGCCGGGAUUCGGGAUCGAAAUCUAUGAACGAUGCACCAGUCGUCCCGACUGAUGAAGAGUUUGACCAAGAUGACGACGAUCGAGAGCAAAUGCCAUUCGUUGACACGACAAUGAUGGAAUUCUCGAACUAUGCUCACGUUGAAGUAAAACGGGGGAUAUCAAAGCACUAUGAGUUUGAGUACUGGACAACCAAGUACCAAUGGCGACGGCAAUGUCGAAAGGAGGGCAAUUUGCGCGACCUGGUGUCGUAUUACUUGGUCAACAUGCAAACGUCCAAGACAGUCGCCCACUUGGUUCCAGAUAUCAUGACCCCGAUGGAAGCCAUCGAGGAGGAGGACAAGGGCGGUUGGAUACCACCAUCAUCCCUGUGGAUCAGUGAAUCUUCGGAGUAUGAAAGGAUGACGGAUGUUGCGGAUGCAAUUGUGGCUACUGGACUGAUCGUCUUGGUCGACGAUUGCAUCCGGCGUCGUUGGCACUCCAGUCGGUCUGCCCAUCUUUUGGAUCCGAUGAAGGCCUUUUCCUCCAAAAGUAUCGACUUCCUGGGACCCAAGCGCCUCAUCGAUGAAGUGUUUCACCGCCGGGGGUCAGCAUGA